UUCGGUUUCAUUUUCGAGAGUAAACCAUGAUCUUCUGCCGGCUACUCUUCGUAUACUCUUUGGCUUGCUUUAUGGAUACGGAUUUUGUUAGUGAUUAUUUGUUUAUUACUUGGAUUUUGGGGAAUUUUGAAAUUGUAGAGAUACAGUUGGAGAACUUAUGGCUUCUGAUUAAGUUCAAUCUCAUUACUGUUCUUCGAUUAUGUCUGUGGUCUAACGAUGCUUGCUGUUUACUGAAGUGAAGUUUGAUGAUGGUGCCAUGUUUUAGCUAUUUGAGAAUCUGCAUAUCCUUGGCUUAGUUAACUCUUCUUCACAUGUUUGAACACACACACACUGGUUAUUAUGCCAUUUAAAGAUUCUAGCUAUAUUGUCAGAUAAUUAGAUAAAGACAUCAAUGGAGAUUUUAUCACUGUGACAGACUGUAAGGAAUUAAAAGUCUACUUCUGCUCAUAUCUAAAGUCGUAGAAAUUCAACUGUCUUUUACCCUUUCUUGGUGUAGGGAUGCACUUAGUUUCUUGAAAUGCACAUUUUUUCUAAAUAAAAUAAGGAACUUACUAAAUGACUGGAACUAGCUAUUGCCAUAUUAAUUAUAUUACUGUUUAGCUGAUCCAAAAUAAAGACUUGAAAUAAUGCUAUGAUGUGAAAGUACAGCUACAACAUUUGAGUUUUUGGUCUGCAAAUAAGAUUUCUCAACUACCAAAUUUAUUCACAUUUAAUCAUACCUAUAAACCUCAAAUAUUAAUGACAAUGGCCACACUUAAGCCAUUCUGUAAAUGUUCUAGCUAUUCCUAUAGUAAAACAAAAGGGAUGAAAGUAAGGCCUCAACCUGAUUAUGGUUUCAAUAAGAAAAUAGAAGAGUAUUGUAAGAUUCAAAUGCAUAGAGUCUGAUGGGAGGUAUCGAAGAGGAAAAAUUCUUCGAUUCCCACCCUUGGUUGGAGUCUGACUGCGAAGACGAUUUCUUAAGCAUUAAUGGUGAUUUUACCCCAUCUGCUGGAACCACUCCUAUUCAUCCCCAAAAUCCCUCGGCGCCACCCGAUCAGUCCCCUCAUUCAACAGACAAUAACAAGAGACUACUCUCCGAGCUGUUCCAAGAGAGCUCAAGAAAUCACCCGUACAUUACAGAAGGGGAAAAUGCAUCAUCAAGAGAAGAAACUACGUCCGAAGCAACGGCUAUCAGCCUCGCCUCUCACAUACUCAAAAGCCGGAGUUGUUCAAACUUAGAGAUCAAUAACAGAACAACAACUUCUACUCCUAAUGAUCGUAGUAGCAAUGGAGCUGCGAAAGCAGGCGAUAAGACAGGGAUGUCUGUGCAGUGCUGCCUCCCGAGGAUGAUGACUUCGAGCCGUAGCUUCAGCGAACGUAAAAAGAAGUCAAGCCCCGCACGCAGCAGCAGAGUCGCGGGAUGAUGAACGCCGGCCGUCCUUGGAAAUUUUGGUACCGAUUAGCCUUGGCAUAUAUGAUGAUAUACUUAUUAUUUGUUUCCCUUUUAUCCUUUUAAUGUACAUUUCAUACUGCAUAGUAUUUGGUAGCUGUCCUGUAACUGGAAAAUCAACAGACAUUAUGUCAUUCAAAGCUGUUUGUUAUAAAACGAUACAAGAACCUUAA